CCGGCCCCCCCGCGCGAGAUGAUGGACGGCCGCCUCCUGGAGCACCCGCACGCCCAGUUCGGGGCCUCGCUCGGCGGCGUGGUGGGCUUCCCUUACCCGCUGGGCCACCACCACGUGUACGAGCUGGCCGGCCACCAGCUCCAGACGGCCGCCGCCGCCGCCGCCGCCUCGGUGCCCUUCUCCAUCGACGGCCUUCUCAGCGGCUCGUGCGCCGCGGCCGCCGCCUCGGUGGUCAACCCCACGCCGCUGCUGCCGGCUGCCUGCGGGGUCGGCGGGGACAGCCAGCCCUUCAAGCUGUCAGACUCGGGGGACCCAGAUAAGGAGAGCCCCGGCUGUAAGCGACGGCGCACCCGCACCAACUUCACGGGCUGGCAGCUGGAGGAGCUGGAGAAGGCCUUCAACGAGAGCCACUACCCGGACGUGUUCAUGCGCGAGGCGCUGGCGCUGCGCCUGGACCUGGUGGAGUCCCGAGUGCAGGUGUGGUUCCAGAACCGCCGGGCCAAGUGGAGGAAAAAGGAGAACACCAAGAAAGGCCCCGGCCGGCCCGCGCACAACUCACACCCCACCACGUGCAGCGGAGAGCCCAUGGACCCUGAAGAGAUCGCACGCAAAGAGCUGGAGAAGAUGGAGAAGAAGAAACGCAAACACGAGAAGAAGUUGCUCAAGAGCCAGGGCCGCCACCUGCACUCGCCGGGCGGCCUGUCCUUGCACAGCGCGCCCAGCUCGGACAGCGACAGCGGCGGCGGCGGCUUGUCCCCGGAACCGCCCGAGCCACCACCGCCUGCCGCCGCCGCCGUCGCCAAAGGCCCCAGCGCGACAGCUGCGGCCAGCACCGAGCCGCCCGCGCCGGGCACUUGCGACCCCGCCUUUUAUCCGAGCCAAAGAAGCGGCACCGGCGCGCCUCCCCGGCCCGGCCGCCCCGUGGACAAGGACGCGGCCCCGUGCGCUCCCGGCGCGGCGUCGGUGGCGGCGGCCUCCCUGCCCAAGGCCAGCCCGUUCAGCGUGGAGAGCCUUCUGUCCGACUCGCCGCCGCGCCGGAAAGCCGCCCCGGCCAGCGCCUCCUCGGCCGCGGGGCUGGACUUCGCGCCGGGGCUGCCGUGCGCGCCUCGGACUCUCAUCGGCAAGGGCCACUUUCUGCUUUACCCCAUCACGCAGCCGCUGGGUUUCUUGGUGCCGCAGGCCGCGCUCAAGGGCGCAGCGGGGCCCGAGCCUGCGCCCAAGGACGCGCCGCCCGCGCCGCCCCCUGGUUUCGCGGCCUUUCCCGGGCCCGACGCCGCCACCGUCGCCGCCACCGUCUCUCCUGGGGCUCCUGCCCCGGCGCCUUUCCGGGACGCGUUAGCCGAGGGCGGCGCCGUGGACGGCGGCGAUGGUGCAGACUCGGGGGGCACCUGUCCGGCCGCCCCACCGCCCCCUCAGCUCGCGCCAUCGCCGCCGCCUCCGCCGCCGGCACCGGGCCCCGGAGCGCGCGCGCCCAGCCCUGCAGGGGAACCAGGGGUCCCCGAGCCCGGGGGCGCUGGUGGCCCCUGCGUGCCCGAGGCUGAAGAGGUGGACAUGGACUGAGGGGAGGGCGGCCUGGUCGUGCUUCCCGGCGGCGACUCGGCGAAAAUCAGGUGAUGGGCUUAGAAACAAACACUGCUUUUCUCUCUCUCUCCCCGUUUCCCUCCUUUUAUUACGUUUUUAAACGAGACACAACGCUGGAUCGAUUCGGACCCAGACAAGUACCGCAGGCCUGGGGGUGGCCCCGCCUCCUCUCCAGGGAUCAAAAAGAAACAACAACCCCCCCAGAACACUCCCCCCCCCAAAAAAAACAAAAACAAAAACCCACAACAAGAAUCCUCAGCCUUGUAAAAUGCAAAAAUGUCUAAGAAUAUUUAUAUAUGUACCAUUUUUGAUAAAUAAAGCUGGUCAAACGCUC